AUGCUCAAUACGGAUGCUGUAAACGGUGAUGUCGCCAUGCAUCAGGCCGUUGAAUCCUGCGCUGAUCAUUGCUCCACCUCGUCAAGGCCGUUCCCGCUGCACACCAUCAGCUCUGGUGCUGCCGUCUUCACACCGCCGUGCCAUCCCUUGCAGCUGGUGACAUCGAGUAUCGAGGCAAAACCGCUCCAGGUACGUGAGGAGCCGAUGCAGCGGCUGUAG